AUGGCGACGAACGCGACUCCCGCUGCUGCUGCUGCGGUUUCAGUCAAACUACCGGAAUUCUGGAAGAAUGAUCCAGAGAUGUGGUUUGCGCAAGCAGAGGCGCAGUUUGUCCUUGCUAAUGUCACAAAGGAUGAGACAAUAUUUUACCACAUUGUGGCGAAAGUGGACCAAACCGUUAUUUGUCACAUCUCUGACCUGGUAUCGAAUCCCCCGCAACAGGACAAGUACACAGCUGCUAAAGAGAGGUUGAUUGCUCGUUUCGCUCUUUCUCCUGAAGCCCGGCUGGAACGGCUACUCGGUUCCUUCGACCUCGGCGACAUGCGUCCCACACAUCUUUUGGCCAAGAUGCAGGAACUAGCCACCGGCCUCAAUGUAAAUGACAAUCUCCUGAAAAUGUUGUUCCUGCAGCGCAUGCCAUCGCAUGUUCGACCGGUUCUCGCGAUUAGUGAUGGCACGCUCUCAAAACUGGCGGAGAUGGGCGACAAAAUGGUCGAAUCACCUCAAUCGGCUGCGGUAACCUCUCCACCAGGGGUCAAUACACAAGUGGAGCAGUUGAAGGAGCAGCUGGAAGUCCUUAGUGCUGAAUUUCGACGUCUCAAGCACGGAUCUCCGAAUCGUUUAGGCCGUCCUCGUAGUCGAUCAACAUCACGCUCUGGGAGAGCAAGCGAUAUUUGUUGGUACCACCGGAAGUACGGCCAGCAGGCUCAGCGCUGCAAAGAACCGUGCAACUACUCUUCAAAAAACUAA